GUGGUCACUUCCUUCCAGAGGAGCCAGGAUGUGAAGGCUUCAUCACAGAAGGAUACCGUUAUCAGGCAGAGGCUGUCUUGAGACAUGCCGCGGAGGGUUUCUGGUCAUGUGUAAUGCCGUGUGUCGUUACAUGUGACAUGAGACAGCGCUCCGACUUUCCCAGACUUUGGUCUUGGUGUUUUUUCCUUUUGUCCUGUCAUCGGACAGGCGUUUUUUCCCGCGGUUACAUGUAGCCCAGGCAAACAGAAUGUGGUACAGAGGUUACUGUGAAGAUGGAUACGAAGCUAAUAAAUCAGGCUCCAAAAGUGUUGAUUCUUCAGGAUGGGUCCCAGGCCACGAGUCAGCCUGGCAGUCCAGCCCCCUUGGCUCUGGGAACAGUAUCUCACGCGGGCACCGAUCCAGCUCAGUGUCUGACAGUUGUGACACCGGCAUCGGCACUUACUGCUCUGACAGUGUGGAAGAUGACUCCAGUUCCAGCACCAUGCCUUUGUCUUCUCAGCCACUGUCCCGGAACCACCUGGGCAAGGAUGAUGAUGGCAUCCCCAUUGUCCAUGUGAUGCCAUCCCCAUCCUCCUCACCCUACACCAGUUUUAGAAUGCCAGCCUCACCAAGCAGUACAAGUCGCUGGAGCAGGUCUUGCCAACUGCUAUCGCCGGGCGUGUCUCCCCUGGGUGCACCAAGCUGUCUGGAUAUGAAGGAUCAUCAGCCCAUUCGGAGAUCGUCAUCUCUCAACAAGUUGUCAUCUGGGGCCGAUAAGAGCUUCAGUCGGACAUCAGGCAGGCAGUACAACCCAGACGGUCAAGGCUCCCUGGACAGAAGUCUGCGAUAUGGGUAUAGAAAGGAACCCCUUGGUUCAAACCAUGACCUUUAUUUACCUUUAUCAUCCUCCUUACUCUGCUACAGCUUGCUGCAGCGCUCACCGGGUUCUGGCCCCUGCUACCGGUACAACCAUGGUAGUAGAUCCACUGGUUUGGAAACAGACCUGUCACCUUCCUCAGCUCUGUCCUCACCUGUAAAACACAACAGUUUGGACAUGAACUGCAACGCUUUAGCAGAUGCUCAAACGCCUCGGGGAGCUGGACAGGUCUAUAGCCCCAGCCUACCCAAAAAAACAGACUCCCCUCUGGGUCAUCAGAGUGAUAGAGGCUCCCCAAUCCAGACUGCAAUUCGCACCCAGAUGUGGCUGACUGAGCAGAUGGAGUACAGGCCCAAAGUAGAGUGUGGAAUUAAACUUGAUCAGAUCAGCCCUUCUGCUGCAGCAGAGGGCUGUGGUGCAGAUAGGCUGUCGCCGUGGCAACAGGGACAUCAGCAAAAGCCAGGGCUUAACCAGAUGCUGAUGGGGACCUCACUUUCAGUCAACACUCUGGUGAAGGUUAAAGAGGGGCUGCUUGGACAGAGAGAGCUGGAGAUAGAUAGACAAAAACAGCAGAUCUUGCAGCUCCAUGCCCGGAUCAGAGAGAAUGAGCUCAGAGCACAGCAGGUUCUGCAGAGCCAGAGAGGAUGGCUUGACGACCCCCACAGUCUGAAUACUAAGGAAUCAGUGAAUAAAACUCCAAGCAAACACCCAUCUGAUGAAGACCUUGGCAGGAAGCUAGCAGUGGCUGAACUGGAAGUACUCCAUUUGAAUGAGUUCUUCAAACAAACCACGCAAAAAUAUGCAGAAGACAUCAGAAAACUGGAGGAAAAGAUAAAGACACGGGAUCGCUACAUCAGUAGUCUGAAAAAGAAGUGUCAGAGAGAGAGUGAACAGAACCAAGAGAAACAGCAACGCAUAGAGACUCUGGAGAAAUACCUUUCUGACCUACCAACGCUGGACGAGGUGCAGGCCCAAUCCUGGCAGCAGGAGGAGGUUCAGCAGAAAGCCAAGGAUCUGGACAUAACAGUAUCUCGGUUACAGAAGAGCAUCCAGGACGGAUGUGCUCUGAUGAUGGAGAAAAACAUCAAGAUUGAGAUGCAGGCCAAGAGAGAAAGGGAGUUGAUUGCAUCUGUCCACAGUCUGCAGAAGAAGGUGCAGCAGUGUUUGGAUGAUGGGGUGAGGUCACCAAUGCAAGACCUGAAGCAGCUUGAGGUGGAAAACGUUAAACUUCUGGAGCAGCAAGACCACAGCAGCAAGCUGAUUGAGCAUCAAAGAGAACAGAUUGAGAGACUGACCUCACAACUAACGGCCAACAGUACAAGACUGCAAAAAAAAAGUGGCCUUCUUUAUCGACUUCAGUCUUAUCCACGAGAAAAGGAGGAAAGCCUUGACACUGCAUCCAGAGCCUUCCCCCAGCAGUGGCAGGCGGAUGAUGGGCUGUUGCAUCCUCUAUCUCAUGUGGAGAUACCACAAGUGGGCCAGCUGCUGAAAGAGAUGUCCCUGUGUCUGCUGGACCUCCAGGCUCUGUGCAGCAUCCUGGCUCAGAGGGCGCAGGGGAAAGAGCCCAACCUGUCUUUGCUUCUGGGCAUGAAAUCACUGAGUGUUUCAGUGGAGGAGACUGACUGCAGACUGAAGGUGCAAGAAGAACUGAGGUCCAAGCUGCUCGAGGUCAGCGAGCUGCGGAGAGACAUCGAUAAGCUGAGGAAGAGCAUCUCAGACUGCUACGCUCAAUGUAUGGGUGACAGCUGUGUCUCCCAGUGACACCCAUUACCUUGACAUGAAGAACGACAACAGUUGGAACAAAAGGUUAUAAGGUCAAUAAUGAUGCUGACUUUACCCAGGGAAGUGUUUUGUGUUUCUGGCUCCUAGAUGACGAUAUUCAUGUUUCAAGUAGUCCAACCAUGUUGUUCAGCCUAUCCUCAUAUGGAGCUGCUGGUUCCUACAUUUGAUGGGGACUCAUUGGGAUUGCACCAGUGAAUGCCCCAAGGGUGCAUGUCAGACUUCUGGAUGUUAAAGUUACAUUGUGUAAGAUAUUGAGUAUUUAGUGGCAUCUAGUGGUGAGGUUCUAGAUUGCAACACUCACCUCUCUCUUUUCGAAGACAUUGGAGAAACUCAAGGAGCUCUGAUGGCCCUCAGGGACAAGAAACACAUUUUAUAAAUAUGGAUUUCACAACAGCGUAAAGUAUUUCUAUUAAUACCAAUGAUAUGUUUAAGAUGUAUGGAGUUAUUAAGUCCAUAAAAUUAAAUUAUCUCUGGUGCACUCCCAGCUCUAUAUAUCUUAGUUAGUUAAAACUAGUUAGUUAGUUGUCACUGCAAAAGACAAGGUUUAAAUUUAAAUAAAUUUGCUAACGUGACAUUACCAGCAGCUCUCUGAGAGGCACAGACUGAGGCUACGAUGCUAAUAUCUAAGGUUACAGGUUGCAGUAGUUCUUGUCAGCAGAACUAAUGUACUGCUAAUUGUUCAUUAUCUACGUUUUGUACCAUUAGCAGCAGGGGUGCAAACAUUUCUCUGUCAUCAGAGAUUUCCACCUAGGGAAGGCAGCUCCAGUGUUUAUUCUUCUUUUAUACUGUUGCUUGUCCCAAUUUCAUUUAACAUCUUGGAGUUUUUGUUUCUUCAACAACGAUUCACGCUCCCGUGAUUUUUCUUGUACAAAAUAACUUUGAUCAGCCAUCUUUUAUCAUAUUGUGGUUUCAAACUUCUCUCAAUACAAAUAGUCCCUAUGUCGAUAUAAGCGCCUCAUUCUAAGGUAAUGAAAACUCAACUCUUAUUUUCAGGUGAUUAUAAACUAAUUAAAACAUACUUAUAUUAUAUUCUAUUUCCGCAAAGUCUGUUCUGAUAGAUGUGACUACAUAUUACACACUGUACCUUUAAGAUAACUGUGAGAAAUUAAUUCAAAUGUCCUACAAUAAUAGCAAUAUCGACUGCCAUUAGGUUGUCACGUUAUCUUUUUGGCCAUUUUUCACUUUUUAAAUGCUUAUUGUUUCCAGUGACCCCAAGGUGAAGUGAAUGCAUACAGUAUACAAUACAUCAGGUUCACUAUCAAGCUUGAUUCAUCUGAAACAAAAAACACUUUUUUUUUUGUCUGCAUGAUUUAACUGGUUUGUAGUAUAUCAUGCUUUAAUGUAAAGUAUGACAACCAAAAUCAAAUAGUUGGUGUGUUUAGUCCAACUAUUGAAGAUUUAACAAGCCACUGGAUGGCUUCUUUCUCUGUGUGUGUCUAUAUAUAUAUAUAUAUAUAUAUAUAUAUAUAUAUAUAUAUAUAUAUAUAUAUUGACUCUUUUUGGUUUACUGUCAAAUUCUAUGAAUGCCAAAGUUAUGUUUAUAUACAGUGAUGUUUCUAAAUAAUGUUUUUUGUUUUUUCUGUUGUUCUUGUUGUAAUAUUCAGCUUUGAUCUUAUUUGUUCAGAUGGCAAUAAAAUUAUUUUUCUACAGAAAUAAUAUGAUUUCUUAAAA